AUGAAGAGCAGGAUACCUCUCAUUCUUCUAGCUUGUGGCUCCUUUAACCCCAUCACAAACAUGCACAUGCGUUUAUUUGAGCUGGCUAGAGAUCACCUGCACCAAACAGGAAGGUAUCGGGUGAUUGAAGGCAUAAUGUCUCCUGUUAAUGAUGACUAUGGAAAGAAAGGCUUGGUUUCAGCAAGGCACCGGAUAGCAAUGGCUAAACUAGCACUGGAGACAUCUGACUGGAUUCGAGUUGAUCCAUGGGAGAGUGAACAGGAGACAUGGACAGCGACAGUAAAAGUAUUAAGGCACCAUUACAAUGAAUCACUCAGAUUGCUCCAGUCCAAGAAGGAAUUCAUGAAAAACAAACAGCCCAUAGAAAUAUCUACAGAGGAUUCCCUUUCUUACCAGUACCCAGUUCUACCGGAAUUAAAGUUGCUCUGUGGGGCUGAUUUUCUACAGACAUUUAAGACACCCAAUCUCUGGAAGGAAGAACACAUCAAAGAAAUAGUGGAAAAGUUUGGUUUGGUCUGUAUUAGCCGUGCUGGCUCUGAUCCUGCUCACUAUGUCAAUGAAUCAGACCUUUUAACUAAAUUUCAGCACAAUAUCUUUCUGGUGAAAGAAUGGAUUCAGAAUGAAAUCAGUGCAACACAGAUACGCUAUGCCUUGUGCAGAGGGUUAAGUGUAAAGUAUCUCAUACCAGAUUCUGUUAUAUCCUACAUUGCACACCAUAAUAUCUACACUGAAGAGAGUGAGCGGAAGAAUGAAGGUGACUUGCUUCAGCCUCUUAAAUUGCAUAACACAACAGUAAACCCACUAAAUGACUGA